AUGGUCAAGAAAGUAUACGAAAACAGACAUGAAGUUUGUUCUUUUUACUUUACUGACGAGUUGAGAGCGUCACUAGAUGGUCCUGAUUGCUGGGCUAAAGGGUGGGUUUUCAAUGGUGAUAAUUGUUUUAACAGGAUGAGGCAUCAACAAGGUGGUGGUGGGGUUAUAAUUUGGGGCAGAAUCAUUGGAAACACUAUCAUCGGUCCCUUCCACGUUCCUGAAGGUCUAAAGUUGUCCUCAGCCACGUAUUGUCCGUUCCCGAAAAAUUCCCUUGAGCCAUGGUUGGAUAACCUUCCUUUGGCAACAAUGAAGAAGACUAUCUUUAUGCAUGAUAAUGCAGUGUCCCAUGCAGCAAAGGCAACGACACAAUUUCUUCACUCACUUGGAUUUGUGAAUGACCUGAUGGUUUGCCCUCCAAACUCACCAGAUUUGAACCCAAUAGAGAACUUGUGGUCAAUAAUAAAGUGUCAUGUUUAUUUGAAUGGCAAGCAGUAUUCAUCAAAAGAUAUGUGGAUGGCCAUCAAAGAAUCAGCAGCCACCAUCCCUAAGUCCACCAUCAAGAAACUGACUGAUUCAGUGAAUGACAGACUUUUUUAA